CAGCCGCCCAUGGUGCUGCCCGGCCCGCCCGGCAUGGCCCGCUCCGAGGAGGUGCACCGCCUCACCGAGAAUGUCUACAAGACGAUCAUGGAGCAGUUCAAUCCCAGCCUCAGGAAUUUCAUUUCUAUGGGGAAGACCUAUGAAAAAGCCUUAGCAAGCAUGACAUAUGCAGCCAAGGGGUACUUUGAUGCUCUGGUGAAGAUGGGAGAGCUGGCCAGUGAAAGCCAAGGAUCAAAAGAAUUGGGGGACGUGCUCUUCCAGAUGGCCGAGGUGCACAGGCAGAUCCAGAACCAGCUGGAGGAGAUGCUCAAGUCCUUCCACAACGAGCUCCUGACGCAGCUGGAGCAGAAGGUGGAGCUGGACUCCCGGUACCUGAGUGCUGCGCUCAAGAAGUACCAGACGGAGCAGAGGAGCAAGGGGGACUCGCUGGACAAGUGCCAGGCUGAGCUGAAGAAACUGCGCAAGAAGAGCCAGGGCAGCAAGAACCCCCAGAAAUACUCGGACAAGGAGCUGCAGUACAUCGAAGCCAUCAGCAACAAGCAAGGGGAGCUGGAGAACUACGUGUCUGAUGGCUACAAGACAGCUCUGACAGAAGAGAGGAGACGCUUCUGCUUCCUGGUGGAGAAGCAGUGUGCAGUGGCCAAGAGCGCCAUCACCUACCACGCCAAGGGGAAGGAGAUGCUGACGCAGAAGCUGCCGCUGUGGCAGCAAUCCUGCUCGGACCCCAACAAGAUCCCGGAGCGCGCCAUCCAGCUGAUGCAGCAGAUGGCUGCCAGCAGCAAUGGCACCAUCAUGCCCAGCCCUCUGUCCACAUCCAAGUCCAACCUCAUCAUCUCUGAUCCCAUCCCUGGUGCCAAACCUCUCCCUGUCCCCCCGGAGCUGGCACCUUUUGUAGGACGCAUGUCGGCACAGGAGGCCAUGCCGGUGAUGAACGGAGUCUCGGGCUCUGACAGCGACGGGUACAACCACUGGUCUGAGAUGAAGCCAGCACAGCCCAAAUCUUUAUCUCCUCCCCAGCCUCAGAAGCAGCUGAGUGACUCUUACUCCAAUACACUCCCAGUUCGCAAAAACGUGGCACCGAAAAACAGCUACGCCUCAGCUGAAAACAAGACACUGCCACGCUCCAGCUCCAUGGCCGCCGGGCUCGAGAGGAACGGCCGGACGAGGGUGCAGGCGAUUUUCUCUCACGCUGCCGGGGAUAACAGCACCCUCCUGAGCUUCAAGGAGGGAGACCUCAUCACCCUGCUGGUGCCCGAGGCCCGCGACGGCUGGCACUACGGAGAGAGCGAGAAAACCAAAAUGAGGGGCUGGUUUCCUUUCUCCUACACACGGGUCCUUGACAAUGAUGGCAGCGAGCGGGUCCACACCAGCCUGCAGCAAGGGAAGAGCAGCAGCACUGGCAACCUGCUGGACAAGGAUGACAUCUCCAUCCCGCCACCAGACUAUGGCAUGGCCUCCCAGGCCUUCCCAACACAGGGCAGCAACACCUUCAAGCAGCGGCCCUACAGCGUGGCCGUGCCCGCCUUCUCCCAGGGUCUCGAUGACUACGGGACGAGGUCCGUCAACAGCGGCAGUGGCAGUUUGGUAUCAACGGUGUGAGGACACCUGGGCUCGCAGCGGCCCCUUGCUGCUUGGAAGAGCUUUCUGCUUCUUUUCCCCCCCCUUUUUUUUUCCUUCCCUUUCGUUUCUCUUUCUCUACUUCUUUUGGAUUUGAAACUCUUGUGAUCUUCAAGGAAACCAUGGUGCUUCUCACCCCUCCCCGGUGUUCACAGUGCCCUUGUUUCUGAAGCCUUUUUGGAGCAGAAACUGCCGCCAGGUCUGUGCUCACAGCCCGGGCGCAGUUGUCACUUAGUGGGACCCGGUGUUUGUCCUCCCGUGUGAUGUUAGCAAUGCACUGUCCCCCCCAGGGGCCGCGCCGGCCGCCCCGCACGAGCCUGGACCAAACUCCCAGACUGGAUCACAUAUGCAUGGCCUCUGGUGUCCGUACUGUUACUGAGCAUCCGGGAUGCCCGCGCCCGGGAUGCCGUUCCCGGAGGGGGGGCAGCGUCCCCGCGCCUCCCCCUGGGCCCGAUCCGCUUCCAUCCCUUGGGAGAAGCGGAUGGCACAGAGCUCCCGCCCCGGGGAAAGGGCUGCUUCUGGGCUGGGGUCCCGCCGGCUGCGGGAACCCCCCCGGAAGGGUUACUCCUGGUUGUUUUAUAAAUAUAUAUAUAUAUAUAUUUUUUGUAGCAAGGUAUUGUUACCUCACGCUAGGGCUGGGGCUCCGAGGGCUGCUCGUGUGCCCAAGCCAGGCUGGAGCGAGGCAGCCCCGGCAGUGCCCGGGGGGCUCCCAGCCCACUCUGGGGGUCCCGCUCCACACUAGCCCGGCCGUAGCCCUCCCAGUGCCCGUGGCCGUCACCACUGCAAAGCUGUUCACGCUUUUUUCUGAUGUGAUUUUUAAGACCUCUGACAUUGCCUGUUUACUGGGACAUUGCUGGCAAUAGACCUCCCCCUCCCACCCCCUGGACCAGUUUUUGGGUUAUCUCCUCGCCUCCGGGCACACUGUUCUGAGCCCCUCCUGCAUCGAUGUCCGAAUUUUGCUAAGGAUUUUUAACCCAGGAUAUUUCACGAUGAAUGACUGAAUGUAGAGGGGGAAAAAAACAAACCACAAAAAACACAAACCCAGCCUAGCAAAGCCUGUGUGGAGAUUGUAAAGUGCUGAAAAAACCUUUUUUUAAAAGCCAGAGAGAAUUGUGCCCUGUACUGAGUUAUUGUUUGAAUAAAAGUUUUAUUUAUUGCAUUGA